UGGAGGGUAUGCUGGUAUGCGAUCUCUGUCAGCACUUGUCAAAAGCUGGUCGAUUCUAUACCUAACAAGGAGCGGCAAGUCAUCCGAAACAAAGAGCUGCUAAUUCACCUUUGUGCUUCCCAACUAAGUCAUGAAAACCUCUCGGUGGAAGAAGUUGCACGAUCAACUAUCGUAUACCACAAGAAACCCGGAACACCUAGUACCAUCAACUGCGGAGGAACCAUCUGUAGCUAUCAGAAACAAUAUUGUGCAGCAUAUAAUAUAGGAGAUAACGUGUUCAUUACCAGUGGUCACUGUUUGGUGGGAAAUGACGGAUCAAUCACCGAACCGAACCAGCUUGACGUUCUCGGCGCUGGAAAAGUCGACGUAACAAUUCAUCUGGAUGAAAACUAUCCAACCAUUGAUCUUGCUUGGAUAAAAGACAAAACAGGCAAAUUUGGCGACCAAUGUUUGGUUGUUUCCAAUAAUUUAAGUUCGGACUGCAGAGCGUUCUUUCUAAGAGUGUUCAACGAUUCUACCGACGAUGUACACAGUGGAUACCAAUGGAUUGUCAAAAAUGUGGGGCAUCCUUUCGAGAAGAACGCAAAAGCAUCGCUUCCGGGUUUAAAUACAUAUACAAUCCCCAUGACUGCUGAUGACGACGACGUGUUUAUGUGGUGCCGCGAGAAGAAAUCUGCCGAGUUCGGUUUUCAUUUUGCUCUUGCAGCUUUUACUAACGAAUACAUCCUGUUUACAGACUGUCACCAACACAAGUGCAAGAAAGCUUUUAUUGAGACCACCACUUUUAGUACUACAACUUUAAGUUCUACAACGACCGAAGAACAAGAUACUAUAACAACUUCCACAAUACUUCCUACAAUAAGUAAUUUUUUUGUUGAAUCUAGUACCCUUAAUCCUACAACUCAGAGUUCUACAACAGUCGAAGAACUAGGUACUGUAACAAUUUCUAAAAUAAUCCCCACAACAAAGAGAAUUUUGGUUGAGUCCACCACCCUUAGUCCUUCAACUCGAAGUACCGCAACGACCGAAGAACUAGAUACUGUAACGAUUUCCAAAAUAAUUCCUGCAAUAAGGAACAUUUUUGUUGAAUCUACUACCCCAAAUCCUACAAAUCAAAGUUCUACAACGACCGAAGAACAAGAUACAGUAACAAUUUCUAAAAUAAUUCCUGCAACAAGGAGAAUUUUUAUUGUGUCCACUACCCUUAGUCCUACAACUCAAAGUACCACAACGACCGAAGAACUAGAUACUGUAACGAUCUCCAAAAUAAUUCCUACAAUCACAACUCUUAGUCCCACAACAGUAGCUAUUAAAACUUCUGCGCCAAUUGUCGUCAACUAUCAAAUGCUCUCAACACCAGCAAAAGUCAAAAAGAAAAAACAAUUUUCGGCCACAUGGGCACCGUGGUAUCCAGGAAUUCGGGUGCCUAAACUCCAUUGCGGUUCAAGUACAAGUUUCAAGCCAAAUAUUCCCAAAAAGAAAGAAUCCAUUCUGCCUGAACGACGUACCCCGACAACCAAGAGUAGUAAACCUAAAACCUUGGUUCGAUCCAAGCUAGAAGAAUUCACAACGGCAAGAUCGACCCCAACUACUACAGAAGCAACAGUUUGGUCAACUUCAACUAUCCCAUUAUUAACUUCCAACGCUAGCAAUUCCGAAUACGUCGAUUUCCAGCAUAAAGAUAACAUCUUUCAGUUUGAAUAUUUCGUCCCAACCGUAAACCGGAGUGAUGCUGAAAAGACACCUUCGAUUCUCCAAACAACAAACAAGCAAAAAAUUCAAACCACUCUUCCGGCCAGAAUCGCUACACAGCCAUACAACACGAAAAGUUGGUCGAAUCUGCAGAUAGUAAGAACAAAGCCGGUGAAUUAUAUGCCUGUCACACCGCUAGACCGAGGUUCUUUAAGGUUUUCCCUAGAACUUCCAACUGAUGCGGAGGAUUUACCGAAAAGACCGAAUGCUUUUACGAUUCCUGAAAUAGAGAAAACUUUUACUACCGAAAAACAAGAUUCGCCAACGAAUGUAAUCAGUGGUCGAACGAUUAGUUCGAGUUCGAGUUAUUGUUGCUUAUUAGUGAUUGUUGCCAUGAUUACUAGUGCCUGA